AUGCAGCCACCCGCUUCAGGUCUGACUGACAUCCGAGCUCCAGAUGAGAUACACUAUCUUCCCCAAAAACCUCCUAUGUUCAACGUGCUAGGCGGAGCAGGAUCAUACUCGGCUCUAGGUGCAAGACUCUUCUCGCCUCCUCCCUUUGCGCGAAAAGUUGCCUGGAUAGUCGAUAAGGGAUCCGAUUUCCCACCAUCUCUCGCUAGUCAGAUCAAGACUCGUGGCUGGAACGGCUACGACGAAGCCCAAAACCGCGCUUUCAAAUACACAACCUCCAAACUCCGCUUAACAACUGAUCAACUAACACCCGCUCUCCUCUUCUCCAAGUCAUUUCAUCUGAUCUGCUCUCCUACCCGUUGCAUCGAGCUUGUAAGGACCAUCCUGCGAGCGCGAAAAUCUAUAAACCCCAAUGUCGAGAAACCAAUAUUCAUCUGGGAGCCCGUCCCCGACCUCUGCCUCCCAACCGAACUUCUAAACUGCACGAACGCCCUCCCCUACAUCGACAUCUGCAGUCCCAACGCCAACGAACUCGCAGGCUUCAUGAGCGAUACGCCCCUCGACCCCCUCACCGGCGACAUCUCAAAGCCCUGGGUCGAGCGCGCCUGCGAACAACUCCUCGGCAGCAUGCCCCUCCAAUCCUACGCCCUAAUAAUCCGCUGCGGCGCCACCGGCUGCUACAUCGCCCAAAACGGCGGCACCCGCAAAAAACCAGCAGCAGCACCAUCGCAGCAGCACCGGCCGCGGAACCACGCCCGUGGCGGCCUCACGCCCGAGACGGACAUGGCCGCCCUCUUCGUCGGCCUGCUCGACGCCAACAACGAGCUGAUCCGCCCGCCGGAAAAAGACGACGGCAACGAGGACGCGGACGAGUCGCUGGUCGAUUCGGGCGUCGAGAAGUGGCUGCCGGCCUACUUUACCGAGGGAGAGGGUGGUGGAGGAAGUGGAAGGAGUGGAGGGAGUAAAAGGGUGGUAGAUCCGACGGGCGGCGGGAACGGCUUUCUGGGCGGUCUCGCCGUCGGGCUGGCGAGGGGAAAGGGUUUGGUGGAGGCGAGCGCUUGGGGGAAUGUCGCGGCAAGCUUUAUGAUUGAGCAGGUGGGGGUACCGGUUCUGGGGGUGGAUGCGGACGGGCGAGAGACGUGGAAUGGGUGUUCGGUUGAGAAGAGGCUCGAGGAGUACAUGAAGAGUUGUGAAUCUGGUGAGAAAUCGAUGUAG